CCGCCCGGCCCGGCCCCCACGCUCUGCGCUCGGGCGGGGCUGCCGCUGCCGCUGGUGACGGACGCGCAGGAAGGGCAGGUAUCGGGCCGGGGCGAGGAUGGCCGGGGAAUGCGGGGCGGCCCCCGAGGGAAGGAGCGGCUCUUGCGGAGCGCGGUGAUAGCGGCGGCGGGAGGGAGCGGAGCGGGCCCGGCUCGGCGGGCGCUGCGGGCACAGUCUGCUCCUGCUGGCACUGCUGCCAUCCACCGCGGGCACUGCCUGCCAUAGCCUGCUGCCAUCCCGGGCACUGCCACCGUCCCCGGCGCUGCCCGGCCGGCGCUGGCCUCUGGCGGCCGCUGCUCUGCCCCGGCCGGUGCGGGACUGCGGCGCUCCGGGGCUCGGCUGCGCUGAGCGCGGCCGGGACAGGAUGCGGGGAGGCGUUUGAGGGAUGGGACGGGAUCAAGUGUCAAUGGAUACGGACAUUAAUGUGACUGUAAAUGCAUAAACAGCACUGGAACAGAAGUAAAGGCGGGUCAGGAGAGCUGUUUGUCACCUGUCACAUUUGCAGACCAUUGUGAACCCCUGGAACCGUGCAGUUCCUUGGUACGGGAAUGCAGUUCCUCUGAAGUAAAAUAAAGCAAUGGAUCCUGCUCUGAGUAUUUUUAGUAGGCGCUGAUGAGACAUUUGUUUUGGAAAAAGAAAAAAAAUUAUAGCACACAAAAUUUGCGUAUAUGCCUAUCGGAAGAGCGCAUUUUGUGACAGAGAAAGGAGCGCUCAGCUCGCCCGGCACGCAGGGGGUUGUUUGAUGCUCGCUCUCCACGAAGCGGGAGCAGGAACACCCACCCCGCGGGGCUGUGACGCCCAGCCCCGGGCAGCGCCGGGAGCUGCGCAGGCUGAGCCUGGGGACGGGGAUGAGCGCCUGACACUGCACGGCAGCGCUGGGAGCGCGGCCGGACCCGCAGGAUCACAUCAGGAGGAUUUUGUUUGUCUCCAGCAUCUCCGGGACGUGGGGAUGUCUGCGUUGGAUAUAUUGUGUCUUGCAAAGCCAAAAGACUGGAGCCGUUUGAAGAUUAUGUAACAAUAAAGGUGCAGUUUCCCUUUGGAAAGAGGAAUAAUGGGACCAGGCAUUCAGGAAUAUCCCUUAAUAUUGCACAGAGAGACACAGCAGAAGGAAAGCCACAGCCACACCAAUGAAAACCACAAAGGAAUGGUAAAUAAUGGAAAAAGCCAUCCAAGCACCAAAGGACUCACUAAACCAAUUUCUUAUGCGAAAUCUCCUCCUGGAAGAUUAGGCAAAAAUGUAUCAAGUGCCAUUGAAAAGAUUUCCCAUAACAUUCAAGAUGGUCACCAACCAAAUGUUUAUAAGAAGGGAAGGAACCAGUUGGAUGGCAAUAAUCAGUCAAAAAGGUAAUUUUAUGUUAAGAUUAUCUGUUUAAUUUAUAUGAGUUCUCAGGCAAAACUAUAAAGGAGUCCCCCAGAAAGAAGGCAAAACGAAUCCUUCCUGCACAGGAGUCCCCCAGAAAGAAGACAAAAUGAAUCCUUCUUGCACAGGAUCCCCCCUGGCACAAAGGGCAGCACACAAGAAAACUUCUGUAGGGCUAAGGAUGUCCCAGUGCAGCAUUUUUAUUGCAGUAAAAAAGAACAGUUGGGAAAGAAUCAUGAAGAAUACAUUGCUGAAGCCAGUCCAGGCUCUUCCAAAUGGCAAGAAGCAUCUGUAGGUGAAAUGUUUCUUGAUUUUGAAUCGGUACAAAUUAUUAAAGAAGAUGCUGAAGAUGAUAGUGCCAGUGACCUCUCUGACUCAGAAAGGAUUCCCAUUCCCCCCUCUCCCUGCACACCACCAGAACUCAUCCUCAGAGCUGAAGAAAUCGACCCAGUUUGUUUGGAACACAUCCCUGAAAUGGGAUUUAAAGAAUCUGAAUAUUACUACCCCGACUUCCUGCCACCCCCUUUCAACUCGUGGGACUUGAAGCAGCUGGCCACCUUUGCCCACGUGGAAGGGAAAGCUGAUUUCCACCCCAAGCCCACGGGAUCCCUGGAGAAGUACCUGGAGCGCCUGCUGCAGCUGGAGUGGCUGCAGAUGCAGACGGUGCAGAGCGAGAGGGGCAGGGCCACCAAAGCCCGGCCCCAGACUGCCCCCGGGCCCAGCCGUGCCCUCAAGAGCCCUGGAAAAGGCAAAGCCUUGCUCAGCCCUGUGCCCCCCAGGCAGGCAAUGCCCCAGGAAAGUGUUGCCAGGCUGCCCAGGAGCUGUUUGGGUCACAGGGCAGAGCCGUGCUCUGAGGAGACUCGCCAGGCGCGCUCCCAUCCAGGUCACCUGAAGGCUCCUGAGAGAAUGGGGUGUGCAGCAUCUUCUCAGAGGCAAACUGGUGAUGUAAGGAGCGAACUGAGAAAGAAACCAGCUGCAAAGCAGCAGCUUCUCAGUCUGCAGCCCCCCGAGAGCAGCUCUAAAAUCCAAAGUGUUGGUAACAUCAGACCCCCUAAGCAAACCCCAGCAUUUCACGGUGCAGCUGCUCCCAUCAAAGGCUUAAAAACAUACGUGUGUACAAAUCCAAAGAAAAAUGGCAAUGCCAGCAAUUAUGUUCCUCCUAAAAAACCAACAGUGGACAGGAAAAUAAAAACAAAUGGCACAAAGCAAACACCACGCAAAUUUCAGUGAGGGAAAACUCAUUAGUGAAUGUUGAUGCUCCUUGACUGCUAGAAAGCAUCUGGCCACUGCAGAAGAAUAUUUUUUUUCUUCAUAGGAAGAUCUGAGAAAAAUGUUCCUGGCACGUGGUUCUGAGUCAGCACUGUUCAUUUCUAUAGAUUUGAUCUUAAGCCAGCAGGAAAUGUUUUCUCUGAAGGCAAAUGUCUUCCAUUGGUCUUUCCUCAAAAAUAUUUAUAAUUGCUCAAUGAAGAUAACAAUAGCACAGUGUGACAUUUAGAGAAGUGUAGAACAUCCUGUCUGCACUAACUGAGUGUUCCUUGUACUUACCCUGCUGGGUGUGAGGGAAUAGGGUCCAUGCUCUUUCUCCUUGCCCAGAUGUGCUUUUUGUAAGACAGGUUUGAUUUUGGUGUUGUUAUAAAAUAAUAAGCCUGUUAUCUAUGCAAAGUCAACUCUAAUUCUUCAUAGAAGAUGAUGAAUUGGAUUUUUUGGAUGAAAUAGAUAUUAUUUUUUUGAGAAGAAGAAGAAGAAUGGAAAUAAUGUUUUGAAAUAUUUUAAUGCAGAAAGAAUUCUUUUUAAGACAAAGUGUUAGGGACCAGACAGCUUCAGUAAUGACAGAUUAAGAAAAUGGAAUGUGUAUUUUUAUACCCUGGAACCUUCACUGUGUUUACAGACAGCUUUCCUGAAAGUUCAUUUUGUAGGCCAUGAUGCUUUUUUUUCAUUUAGGGGAAAUGACCAGAUUUCAAAUUGCACAUGCAUGUAUUUGAGUCGUGCAAACUAAGGUUUUUAGCAAAGACUGUAUGGCCUAGUUUUCAGAACUGGUAGCCUCUCAAAACAUAGAAACCAGAUUCUUAAGAGAAGAAUAAUUUAAAGGGUGUUGAAAGUUCAAGUAAAGAUAUAUUUGGAUACAGAAGAUACCUAUUUUUAGUCAUUUGAGAUGACUCUUAUUUGUCCUGUGGUCCAGUCUAGCUUGGCUUCUUAAGGUUUAGGAAGGUGAGAUGAGGAAGUGUCCUGCAGUAGAAAAUUGUACAACCAGGAUUGGGUCCUCUCCUUGGGCCUUCUGUCUUCUCUUGUGUCUGUGAGAUACAGGAGAAAGGAAAGUUCUAAGAAUAUUCAAAUAUCACUUGAUCUAUUACAAUUUCAAAUCAAUCACGGCAGCUGGGGACAGGAUCUUGUUAAGAUGAAAUUCUAAAUAAUGUUUGUCACUUCCACUUUAAAAUCCUGGUCAGCAUAUUUUCCUCCUCAGCCACCAGUCCCAGUCUUCAUCAGAAGUGAGCUGAGGUCUGAUGGACCAGAUUCUACAAGAGGACCCUUCACAUUGUGGUAGAAAAUGAAAAAGUAGCAAAUACUAAAGAGUACAUUAUGUAUAUAGCUAAAUUGCACUUCUCUUGGUGAGCUCAUCUUGGUUUUAAGAUGCUUAGCUGUUUCUUUCAUUGUGCCUACCAGAUCUUCAGCUUUGUAAAAUUUCAAAGCAUGAAUUUAUAUGUACUUUGAAAAGUGAGAAUAUUAAGAAAUGUAGUAAUAAAGUAGAGUAUUUUACAGUACAUAAAAACAUUGCUCAGGAAUAGUCUAAGAAAUAUUUUUAGUGGUUUUUUCCUAGUCUACUGGAGACCAAAUGUGAAAAUUUGAGUUGGUAAAGGAAAUGAAUGUAAUAGACAGUAUUACAUGUCCAGAAUCAGUAUUUGUACAGUUACACUUAAUAUGAAUUGUAGUUGCAUGUACAUUCAGCUCUAUGCAAUUCAAGUGAAACUGAAUCUGAGAUGCUCAAAGACCAGAGAAGGUGGCUGUGUCAGAGGUGUGGUGGCACUCAGGAUGGGACUGAACACCAGCAGCUGCAGAGGACCAGCACAUCCCAGUGUUGCUGUUUCACCCUUUUGUUUCGGUCCAGCCUCAUGUAUUUCAGCUUUUUUAGCUGAAAUGUUCCUGCACCCAGUGCUAGUAUUUUCAGCUCUGGCCAAAUUCUGCGAGCCUGCCUUAGCCAAGUUUUCCUGAUUCACAUGAGCAGUAGUGAAAAAUAGGAGAGCUGCUUUGCCAAUAAUCAGGAUUUUAAUGCACUAUUCUAGUUCACUGUUACAAGCACCAAACCUGAGGUGAGCAGGAUCCAGGCAAUAAUCAGAAUAGCAGUUUUUAAAAAAUAAAUUCUGAUAGAUGCAGUAAAUAAUUUAGCAUGUUGUUAUAGCAUUGAAUAUUGCUGGAUGCUAAAUUUUCUAAAUUGAAGCUUUCCUGGGUUGUAAGGAGGGCAUGUAGAUACUGGCACAUUUUGCAUGAUCAUUUCUUUAAGAAUAAAUAAACCCCAUUUCAACCAGUUGUGACCAGAGCAAAGGUGAUUGGCACUGGGAAAAGUCUUUUGUCACAGAGGUAGGAAAGUUUUAGUGUCGUGUUUGUCAUCUCAUGGACACCAGUCUGUUGCUGGAGACUAAAAAGGGAAGCAGGUGGAGGUGGUGAUGGCACUUUAAAGAAGUCUGAAAACAUGUUUAUCACUGAGCUCCAUCUGGGAUCUGGCCAAGUAGGUUUGUCUCGUGAUAAUCACACCAGUCUAAUUUCUGUCAUUGAUUUGACACUUCUGACAUGCUUGUCUUUGUUCACACACAGAAAUGAUGUGUUUGCCUCAACAAACAGCUCUUGGCUGAGCAGACCUGCAAGGGCUGGGUUUUAUCCUGUUUCCAUUUUAUCUUUACCAUGUUCUUGGCCUACAGAUGAAAAGAGCUCCUUUUCUGAAGAGGACUGUGGUUUAUAUUUCUUUCAUUUUGUAUUGCUGGAUAUUGUCUUUAGAAGCACUUCUGAACACAGCAGAAAAAUUUAUUCCAUCAAACAUUCAGUUUAAAAUUAAUUUCUUAAAAUACUUCCACAGCACCGUGUUUGUGUGGCUAUUAGCCUUUUUUUUUUACAAGGUUUAGCAAUAUGAUCAUAUGGAUCUAAGCCUAGCACUGGUGAUGCUUCUUGAAGAACAGCUUACUGUGAUGUGAGAUAUUUAAACAGAGUGAUUUAUUUUUUUGCUAGAGAAUGUAAAGAUUUAUUGUUCUGAAGUAUUACCUACAGAACAAAUAUGCUCAGGUUGUAUUUCAAAUAAACAGCCAGACUCUGCUUCAAGUUGCAUGAGUAUAAACUUUGAACAACUCAGUUAUUUUCAGUGAAAUGACCCUGUUAGAAGAUGUGAAGAAACAGAAUUUCACUCUAAUAUGUAUAAACUGUUUUCCUUUAAAAUUUAAAUAUUUAAUAUUUAAAGCAAUAUUGUUUUUCUCUUGCCAUGUUCUUUUUUCUCCAUUGCUUGCAUCUCAUGCUGAGGGCAGUAAUUUUCCCACCUCGUUUUCAGUUGGAUACAGCAGGAUAAUGCUUCAGGGAGGGAUGUGCUGAUUCCAUUGGGCUAAGCUGUCCUGUUUGACUCCAGACUCCGAGAUCUGCCCUCAUCCUGUCACUGUUCGUGUCCUUUCUGUGUUUCAUUCAUUGUUUCAGGUAACUUUGACCUUGUAUUUGCUAUUUAAAGGAUCUUGUUAGAAUUCCGAGAGAAUUUUGACAGUUUUUUCAGCCAGUAUGUGCUUUUUUGGAGCUGAUACAUAAAAUUUCUACAGUAUGAAAUUGCCUAGAAUGCACUAUUUUUUGCCUUAUUUUAAAGGUAAUGAGCCUUUGUUGCUCCCAUUGCAUUAGUGGUUUUUCAUCUGAAAAAUACACAGACCACGCUGGAAGGACUGAACUUGAUUAACUGAGGAUUUGCAGACCAGCUUUUGAUGUUGGUAUUCAUGUAUUCUUAUUUAUUUGAACUUUUUGUGGAUAUUUUUGCUAGUAAUUCCUUGAGAAAGUGAUCUUGUCAUUCAAAGGUCCCGUAUAUUUGCUACAAUAAAAGUGAGAUACUGC